AUGGCCGACGACGAGCGCAAAACCAAGCGAUCUCGCUUCGACCAAACCGAACCAGAGCCUCGUCGCUCCCGAUUCGAUCGUCGUUCGCGAUCGCCAUCUGCCAAACAAUCUGAGUCCACUCGUACCCGCAGCCCGCUCAGUCGCGAACCCAAUAGCCCUGCCUCUAAACCUCCCACCGACCCUGCUGCGGCAGCAGCUGCCGCUGCGGCCAAGAUCAACGCCCAGCUUCAAGCCAAGAAGGGCAUCCAACAUGUUGAUGUCCCUCCAAUCCGUUCGACCGACAGCCCAGCAGGAGAAAACUCCGCUGAUGCGGACGGCAAGCCUCGCGAGUCGUAUGUUACGGAUGGCGACUACAUCAAGGAUCUUGAGAUCAACGAUCUGCGCAAUCGCUACACCUUGACGAAAGGUUCUACUCAGAAAUUGAUUAAAGAUGAAACUGGCGCCGGUACGCCCUCUUUCUGUUAUUUUGACGAAAAGAUUUAUGACUUACUGUUUUACAAGAUGUCACGACCCGCGGAAGCUAUUUCCCAGACAAAAGCAUGUCGACAGCGGCUGGCAUUCCUGACCACACUUCUUAGAACCCCCCCUCUCUAUCUUCACAUCACAAGCCAAACCAAAGAAGGCCUCGACAAGGCCGUCGAAUUGAUUGACGAUAUGAUGAAAAAGGAACUCCCUAACCUGGUCGACGAGCGUCGGUUCCGCCGACGGGAACCCGAACAGCAGGUUGAGCGGGAUGAGUACGGCCGUCGCAAAUGGCCGGAUGAGCGUAUCCCAAUUGACCUGGAGCCCAUUCCCGGAUUCAAUCUGCGUGCCCAGGUUGUUGGUCAGGGUGGUGCGUAUGUGAAGCAUAUCCAACAGAAGACCCGCUGCCGUGUCCAGAUAAAAGGCCGUGGCUCUGGAUUUAUUGAAUCCAGUACUGGCCAAGAAAGUGACGAGUCGAUGUUUUUGCACGUUGCUGGUCCGGAUGCCAAUGAUGUCCAAGAAGCAAAGGCACUGUGCGAAGAUUUGCUUGCCAACGUCCGUGAACAAUACCAGCGCCACAAAGAUAAUCCGCCUCAGUACAACAACUACGGUGAUCGCGGCGGCUACCGCGGAGGUGAUCGGGGUGACCGUGGUGACCGUGGUGAUCGCGGCGAUCGCGGCGACCGAUACCAUGGGGAUCGUUACCAAGGCGGCGGUCGUGGCGGUGGUUACGGCGGUUACAACGACCGUCAUCAGCACUCGAACUCUCCUGCUGCUGCUAGUCCCGGUGGCCAAGGCCAGGCCGCUACUGGAUCCGGUGCUACCGCCAACAGCGCCGCUGACUACAGCGCACAGUAUGCACAGUACUACGGAGCUGACCCCUAUGCCGCCUACGGUGGAUACCAAAACUAUGUCGCCUACUACCAAUACUACCAAGCAGCCGCCGCUCAACAGCAACAGCAGCAACAAGCGGCAGAGACCGCUCCUCCUCCACCUCCUCCGGCGAGUGAGGCACCGCCUCCCCCUCCCGGUGGAGCCCCUGGUGGAGGAGGUAGCUACAGUGCGAUCCCUCCUCCACCCGGCCUGUAG